GGCACCGUACUCGAUUGCCUCUUUUGGAUGCAUGCUGAGGUAAGCAAGCUCCGGCUUCACCAGCGCCCGGACCGAUUGCUUAGGAUCGGUGCCAAUCGGCCUGCUGCUAUUCGGAGCUCCGGGGCCAAGACCGACCCCGCGUCUCAUGGCAAUUAAAAGGCUUUACCCCGCAUUAUAUGUCCUUCCCACUUUAUUUCCCCGCCCGUUUCUUUUGCUUGUAUCCACAGACAUGUUCAGAAGUGCGCGCCUCCCUUCCAGCUCGUUCUCCAGGAGUAUCUUCUCCCAGAGACGUCUUGCAUCGACCAAGACCCUCAGACAAGCACUUGAGGAAGUCAUUCCCUCAAAACAGGCGCAGCUCAAGCAGCUAAAAACGGAAUAUGGGCAAGCAGUAAUCGGUGAUGUCAAGGUUGAACAUGUUAUCGGCGGAAUGCGUGGUUUGAAGGCGAUGCUAUGGGAGGCAUCCGUUCUUGACCCUAUAGAGGGUAUCAGGUUCCAUGGCUUGACAAUUCCAGAUUGCCAAAAGCAAUUGCCUCCCGCACCAGGCGGAAAGGAGAUUAUCGCUGAAAGUAUGCUCUGGUUGCUUUUGACCGGCAAAAUUCCGACGGAAGCCGAAACGCGUCAAUUGUCACGCGAAUUGGCUGAGAAGGGAGACCUUCCUGAGUAUGUUGAAAAGUUGAUCGACUCGUUACCUUCGACAUUGCAUCCAAUGACACAACUUGGUAUGGGUGUUGCUGCACUGAACCAAGAUUCGGCAUUCGCAGCUGCAUAUGAAAAGGGCAUCAAAAAGACCGAGUAUUGGACUCACACUCUUGAUGAUUGCGUCAACCUGAUCGCCAAGCUUCCGGCUUUGGCCGCUCGCAUUUUCCGGAAUGUCUACAAUCCAGGCAAGCCUAUUCCUGCCAUCAACAAAGACUUGGAUCUCGUCGGAAACUAUGUGAACAUGCUCGGUUAUGGUGACAACCACGACCUUACUGAGUACCUCCGUUUGUACAUCGCCAUCCACGGUGACCACGAGGGUGGCAAUGCCUCUGCCCACACUGCUCACCUGGUCGGCUCAACGUUGUCGGAUCCUUAUCUCUCAUACGCCGCUGCGUUGUAUGCGCUUGCUGGUCCUCUCCAUGGUCUUGCCAACCAGGAAGUCCUUCGAUGGCAGUUGAACAUGCAAAAGGAGAUUGGAAACACCAUCACUCAUGACAACAUUCGAGAAUUCCUCUGGAGGACUCUCAAGAACGGGCAAGUCGUUCCUGGAUACGGUCAUGGUGUAUUGCGAAGCCCGGAUCCUCGUUUCAUCGCUCUUCAAGAAUUCUGUGAGAGCCGUCCACAGCUCUUGGCUGACCCUGUAAUUCAGUUGGUCAAGAAGACAUAUGAGGUUGCCCCCGCCGUCUUGACGGAGCACGGCAAGACCAAGAACCCUUACCCCAACGUCGACGCAGCGUCCGGUUGCGUUCUCUAUCACUAUGGUCUCACGCAGUUCAAGUACUACACCGUCAUCUUCGGUGUUUCACGAUCACUUGGCGCACUGACUCAACUGGUCUGGGCAAGAGCUCUCGGUCUCCCCAUUGAGCGUCCUAAGUCUUUGUCUAUGGACACCAUCGAGAAGAUCGUCAAGCAGUAAGCUUAGGCCCGAUGUACUAGGGGAUGUUGUUACUGCUGUUGUACAUUAUAUCCUUGGAUUGCUAGGUAACUACGUUGCAAUUUAUGAAACGUGGAGGGGAGAAAAAGAUUUUUAUGUACAAGUUCAUAUUGUCAUUACGAUCAUUGGCUUCGAACCAAUCAAAACUUUCAGAUUAUGUAUGAAUCGUACGAAAAAAUCGAGUCAGAGUAGUGGAACCGAAAAGACCG